AUGUCGGUUGCCACGUAUUAUGGAAAAUUGAAUGCCUUGUGGAAGGAGUUGGCCCAUCAUGAACCCCUGAUAACUUGUUCCUGCUGUACGAAUUGCAAGGCAGGUGAACUCCAUGCUCAGAGAAGAGAAGCAUCCAGAUUACAUGAUUUUUUAAUGGGGCAACACUCCGAAUUUUAUUCUCAAUUACGGGCUAAUAUCCUCUCCCAAGACCCCCUGCCUUCUUUUGAUUAUGCAUUCCAUCUUGCGGUUCAAGAUGAAAGAGUCAGACAAGCCAAAACACAACUUGAGAGUAAGUCCUCCGAUGCGGUGGGCUUUGCUUUACGAGCAGAACCUUCGGUUGCUGGAAGGGGGCGUGGCCGUGGAGAUCGUACCCCCUGUAUACAUUGUAAAAAGGUCGGGCAUGAGUCAGCCUCUUGCUAUUCGCUGCUCUUUUGCACCCACUGCAAUAAGCGCGGUCAUGAUGUUAAUGGCUGCUAUGAACUUCAUGGCAAUAAUGGGUCGUCAACCUCGUCCUCUCCAUCACAAAUAUUUCCUGCUGAACAAUGGAAAGCAAUUGAGGCAGUAGUGGUUAAAGUUAAGGUUCCGGAGAACAGAUUGAAUGGACCAAACGGGGAGGCUGAUUGGAACGGGAGCUAUACGGGAUGGACUGUAUUACUUCGGAGGAGUCAUUUUGUGCAACAUAUUUCUGCAAAUGGAGCAACGUCACAGUUGGCUUUAUGGCACAAGCGCAUGGGACAUCCUUCAAAAGUGUAG